UCUCUCUCUUUGUAACUUUCUAUACAGCUUUAGAUUUCGUUUCCUUUACUUAGAAACCAUAGCCAAAGGGCUUCAUUCCUACGUUUUUCUUCCUCUUCUUCUUCCUCUUCUUCUUCUUCUUCUUCUUCUUCUUCUUCCCUUUUCUCUGCAUUUCAUCUCUUUCCAGAUCACUACAAACCUGAAAUUGAGGAGUCGAUGUACAUAUGAUGAGUUUUCUCAAGGCUGGUGGAUUCAAUGCCGGAGAGAAUCAAGGAUUGGACAGUAUUUUCGAAAGUAGAGAUCGAAGAGGAUGGCCGGGUAAUUCUUUCUGAAGAUGAGGAACAUGGGAACAGUCAGUUCACGGAUGCAACGAUACUGAUAUUUAUUGAAUCAUUAAAACUUUAACUUCUAAUAAUAAGUUCGUGCCUAUUUAUGUGUUUUCAGUGACGGGUUGAAAGAUUAAAUUAAUAGUGUGUUGAAAAAUGGCUAUUGCCGGUCUACAUAAUGUUUCUGUUCUUGAUUCUUCAUUUCUUAGAGAGUCUCAGUCUCAAGCAUCAAGGCAGUUAGGGAAUGAAAGUAGUGUAAGCACCCGGGCAUCCUCUCUUCGACGAAUAUGGAGAGGACUUGAGGAUGAGCAAGUGGUGAGAAGCACGCAGGAGAGCAUUAGUGAAAGAUCUACUGAUCUCUCAAGAACUGAAGCAGCGGAAGGUCGAAGUACUGUACAGGGUGAUGAUUCAGAGAACAUGGGGAUGAAUAUUAGUGAGAAUGAUAUUGACACUUGGUCUGACGUACAGACUGUUUCACAAAAUGAUGAUGAGGAGUCUGGUGAAUUUGGGGUUGUUGAGAGGGAGAGGGUUAGGCAAAUUUUUAGAGAAUGGAUGAAUAGUGGUGUGGGGGAACAAACACCUAACGUUUCCCAAAUGAAUAAUGGCUCAAGGGCAGAGUGGCUUGGUGAAACAGAGCAGGAGAGGGUGCGAAUGAUAAGGGAGUGGGUGCAAAAGAAUAGCCAGCAGAGAGGCACUCAUGGUGUAAAUGGGGAAGUCCAAACUGCUGAGAUUGGUGCUCAGGUUGCACAAAGGUCGGAUGGAUUAGUUGGAAGCCAGAAUGAAGGCCGGAUCCAGCAUGCUCGGAGGGGUAUUCGCAGGUUAUGUGGCAGACAAGCUCUCCUUGAUAUGGUCAAGAAGGCUGAGAGAGAAAGACAAAGGGAAAUUCAAGUAUUGUCAGAGCAACAAGCUGUAUCAGGCUUUGCUCAUCGCAACCGCAUUCAGUCACUACUCAAAAGUAGAUUUUUGCGAAACAGUAGAUUGACCGUGAAUGCAAGAUCUGUAUCUGUUGCAGAAUCUGAGUUAGGCCUUUUAAGGCGAAGGCAUACGGUCUCUGGCUUGAGUAGGGAAGGAUUCUUCUCCAGAUUGGACAGUUCUGUCCAAAGUCAAGCUAGUAGCCGGCAUUCCGACACCACCUCUAACAGUGAUGAUGGCGAUUCUCUAACUGACCUGAAUCGUACUGGGAGUUUUGAGGUCCUAGAUGAUCUUCGUGAACAUUCUGGGAUCAUUAACGUGGAAAGUCACGAAGGCUCUCACAGCACUGGUCUAUCUGAAGUUAGGCCUGAUCUAGAAGAAAGUACCUCUGAAGCUAGGAAAGAACCUGUUCCUGUGGUAGAAAGUUCUGAAGAACAGGUUGCUGAGAGUGGUUUAGCCAGCCAAACAGCAGAUAUCAACUCUACGGAGAUGAGAGAUGAUUCAGGUCAAGGUAUGAGAAGCAUUUUACAAGAAACUGCCUCAAAUCUUUUAUACCGUGAAAUUCCACAAAUCGAUGGUGAGGAUCAUACUAGUGUACUGGAUACUGAACCUUCCAUUCAACAAGACAAUACUCGUGAUGAAAAUGUUCAUGAUGGAUCAGUAUUAGAUCAUUCGGAAAGAUCUCAAGACAAUGACCUCGAAAGUGUAGAUCCACAUGAAUCUAAUACUCGUGAUGAGCCGAAUGAAGACCUAGGUACAGUAGUUGAGCCAAAUGAUCGGCAAGCAUCUGGUUUUCAACAUGAUGAAUGGGAAAAUAGCAUUGAAGAAGAUAUAAACGAAACUCAUUUGGAAAGUAUUGCUACUAAUUGGUCCGAAGAAUUCUUGAGUACGACAUAUAGAGGAGAUAUUCAUCUGCAAAAUGCCCCUGAAGCAUCCCAUGAAAAUGCUAUCUUUGUGGAGGAUGUGCCGAAUUGGUUUGAAGGCCUUCCCAAUCGAGAAGCUACAUCAAGCCGAAGGUUGGAGACCUUUUAUUUUCCUGAAGAUGAUAAUGCGCAUAAUGGGGAAAUCAGAGAACUUUUAAGCAGGAGAAGUGUUUCUACUCUUCUUAGCAGUGGUUUCCGAGAAAGUCUUGACCAGUUAAUACAAUCUUACGUAGAGAGGCAAGGUCAUGGUACCGGUAACAGGGAUAUGGACGAGAUGAUGCCUCCUUAUACAUCUGCUGAGCAAGAGCAAGAGCAUGAUAGGCAGAGUGAAGGUCAAGCGGGUUCUGUUGAGAGUCAUUCACUUGCUUUGCCUCUGCCUCUGCCACCUACAUUGCCCUCUCGGCAACUUUGGGAUAACGAGUUGAGCAAUGGUAGUUGGUCACGACGAGAUUUCCGUCAGCAAUUUGGAGCUGAUUGGGAAAUCAUUAACGAUUUGAGGAUUGACAUGUCGAGGCUGCAACAGAGGAUGAGCAACCUACAGAGAAUGUUGGAGACAUGCAUGGAUAUGCAACUCGAGCUGCAGCGCUCAAUAAAGCAAGAAGUUUCUUCUGCAUUAAACCGAGCAGCUGGUUCAGAAGAGAUGUUUGAAGACAGUUUGCCUGAUGACGAACCCAAAUGGGAUCGAGUAAGAAAGGGAAUUUGUUGUAUAUGCUGCGAUAACCAUAUUGAUGCUUUGUUGUACAGAUGUGGGCACAUGUGCACAUGUUCAAAAUGUGCUAAUGAGUUGGUCGACGCUAGGGGAAAGUGUCCGAUGUGUCAUGCGCCCAUUCUAGAGGUGAUUCGUGCUUACUCCCUAUGAUGACUUAGAUGACAAUAAUGGAAAAUGAGAUUACUUACUAGUGAUUCAUUCAUCUUCAUCCUCUUGUUCCGUCCCGGUUGCCUUACUGAUUCUUCUCGUCCUGAUUUGCUAUACAUAUAAAGUUUAUUUGUACGGUGAUGGACGAUUGAAAUAAUAUAUGAUGUGAGCUUUGUAAUUGAUUCAAAUCUGGCCAGAAUAAAUGUGUUGAGUGCAUUUAGAAACCUUAUUUAGGGGGGAAUUUUGAGGCUUUGCUAAUUGCCAAUGUUGUUGAAUCUUGAUGAAACUUACUUUUCUAACUUAACUCCCUACACAA